AUGGCAUCUUCAGACCAAGAGAACUCAGGAACUAGCUCUUAUAGUAGUAGUGACGGGCUCUUCAAGGCCUUGGCUGAGAAGAUGUUGGGAAAAGUAGUAGAGUUCUCAAGGAAACUAAAGAAACUAGGACAAGAUGACCCGAGAAGGAUUAUUCAUUCUUUGAAAGUAGGUCUAGCUAUAACAUUGGUCUCCUUAUUCUACUACUUCAAACCACUCUAUGAUGGCUUUGGCGUUAAUGCCAUAUGGGCUGUUUUAACCGUUGUUGUUGUGUUUGAGUUUUCUGUAGGAGCAACACUUGGAAGAGGUUUGAAUAGAAUGUUGGCAACUUUGCUGGCCGGUGGUCUUGGCCUUGGAACUCAUCGUUUAGCGACUCUUUCUGGAGAGACAGGAGAGCCCAUACUCAUUGCAGUCUUUGUCUUUGUAAUAGCUGCAAUAGUAACGUUUUUAAGAUUCUUACCCCAAAUGAAGGUGCGGUACGACUACGGGCUGAUGAUGUUCAUAUUGACCUUCUGCUUGGUGUCAGUGUCUGGGUAUCGCGAUGACGAGGUGAUUAAAACGGCAUUUAGAAGGCUUACCACAAUCACGACCGGUAGCAUCACUACCGUGAUCGUGUGCACUUUCAUCUGCCCCGUAUGGAUCGGAGUUGAGCUUCACAAGGUGGUUGCUGGAAACUUGGAGAAGCUUGGAAAUUUCUUAGAAGGAUUUGCUGGUGAAUACUUUCAACUAUCUGAGGCUGAGGACUCCAGGGACAAGUCAUUUCUUGAAGGAUAUAAAAGUGUUCUCACUUCAAAAGGCAAUGAAGAAAACAUGGCCAAUUUAGCUAGAUGGGAACCGCGUCAUGGUCAGUUCAGAUUCAAUCAUCCAUGGAAACAAUAUCUGAAAGUUUCCAAUCUUGCUCGACAAUGCGCCUACAAGAUCGAAGCACUCCACGGAUACCUUCAACCUGAGACUCAAACACCCCAAGAAGAUAGAAGCAAAAUCCAGGAACCAUGCAAAAUUAUUAGCUCGGAAUGCGGCAAAGCCCUGAAGGAAUUGGCAUCCACGAUGAAGAAAAUGAGAAGAUCAUCAGCACUGGCCGAACCCCAUAUCGCGAAAUCAAAAGUUGCCAUCGAGAAUCUCAAAACGAUGCUCAAGUCGGGCCAGAUUUGGAAAGAUUCCGAUAUCCUGGAGAUAACUCCGGCUGCUGCCGUGGCUUCUCUCUUGAUGGAAGUUGUUUCUUGCACUGAAAAUAUCGCGGAGGCUGUUCGUGAGCUUGAAUCUCUCGCCCAUUUCAAGAGCCCCAAGCCUAGAGUCACACCAGAAGAUCCGCCACAAGUGAUGGAUGAUAAUCAGCAGGGAGCUAUAAUUGGUGCACCUGAUGACCAUGUGAUUACAGUUAAUGAUGGACCAUCUGAUCAAUAUUUGAUGAGAAAUCCAUCUAGCGUAGCAGAAGGUUCGCGGAUCCAUUUGUAG